AUGGCGAACUCACAGAAGCAUGCAACUACUGGUGUCGAGGACAUCGUGGUCUACAAUGGUGACCUGAUUGGUGAUCUGAGAAAGACACGGAAUAUCCUACGGGACUUAGUCCGACACAGCCGUUGCUGCGUCUACUGGGAAGUUCUACAAAAGACGUAUGUCAGCCAAUGUGGACAUGGCAUGUGCAUGAAGUGCGCAUCGCAAAUGUUCGAGGCCUUAACUGAGCAACUCCAAACGACAACGUGUCCUCUAUGUCAUGAACUCAUAACCCAGUUCCCCUUCAUGUUAAGGGGAGGCCCUUCCAAAAUUACACAUUCGUAUACAAUAGAUCAAGUUUAUGAGCCUUUGCGUUUAUGGGCAGCGGAAAACAUGGACAUAGAGACUGGGGAACUUGCGAGAAGCCCAGAGAUUAUUUCGAGCAGGUUAGAGCCCGCGAAAGAUUUCCAAGACGACAAGGACUGCGAUUUCGCUGAUGAGACGAUGGAACCUUUCCACUGGGUUGCCCUCCUCCUCAUUAUCAGUUUAUUCGUAUUGCUGUAG